AUGGCUUUGACAAGUAUAAAUAAUGAACAACCAGCUCGAUAUUUUGAUUUAGUUAACAAAUCAGAAACAUUAAAACGAGAAAAUGGUCUUUCAAUAGAUGAUUCUACAUUGAAAAAUUUUUCAGAGAAUCGAACUUCUAUUCCAUCUGAUUGGGAUGUUAGUUUUGGUGAUGUACUAAAUUGGUCAAAAGAUCGUCCAACCGAAGUCUAUUUUGUUCUUGAAGAUCGAACUUUAUUAAAAAAUCCUGAUCGAAGUGGAUCAGGUUAUUUAACUAUUCCAUUUAAUGUUACUAGAAAUAUUCGAAAUGCAUUACUUAAAUAUCAACAUGUUAUUGAACGUAUUGGAAAAAAUAAUAUAUCAACAAUUGAAAUGCAUCCUGAAGAUAUAUUUAUUAAAGAAAAUUGGGGUGAAGUACCACAUGAAAUACUUUCAUCUAAUGUUCAAUUUAGCUAUGAUCCAACUGAAGAAUUUCUUUAUGUUAAUCUUCCACAUAUAUCAAAAUCAAAAGCAUUUAAAUUAGGUUCAACAACCAUGAACAAUAUUCAAAUAUGGUUUACAGGUGCUAUGGAAGAUCAAGCAUCUUUUCGAAUAAAAUAUAAUUUUUCAGGUUCUCAAUUUCAUAAAUAUCAUGAUAUAUAUAAAUUACAUAAUCUCAAUUUUUCUUUACCACAAACUUGGUCAGUAGAACCAGGUACAACAGAUAUUGGUCAUGAUCAUUGUAAUGGUGAAUGGAUUUUUCACGGCGAUCGUAAACAUUUGAAUGAAGCCAAAAAAAGUAUUCAUGAUUUUUAUAAAGAUCUUCCAAUUACAAUUGAAGAUAUACAUGAAAAAUAA